AAGAGUCGCUCAUUUGGCAGUCGUCCGCCGCCGCUCGUAGACAUGAAAACUCACACCUGAACAAUGGAGACAGAGACGAUAAUAAUAGUGAGCGUGUUCGGCGGCGCGUGGCUGCUGAUGUUGCUGCUAGUUAUCGUGCUGUUCGUUCAGGUCGCCAUUCUGCGCAAGAGGCUGGCUGACGUGCAGGCCACCGGCCGACUCAGGGUCCAAAAGCUGAAGAUGAACCCCGACAAGAAUUACGCAUUCAAUAACCCGUCUCUGGUGCCAGACGAGGAGCUGACGAGACGCGGGUACUCCAUGUACGUGGGCGCUGAAGAUGACAUUGAAAGCGGCCGUCCCGCGGAGCGGCAGACGGGCGGGCAGUUCGUAGAGGAACUGACGCGCGAACUCGACCACAGACAGCAGCGGCGAGCCAACGCGCCGCCCUUCCUGCCGCCGCACGGCGCGCUCGCCGCCCGCGCCCCCGCCGCCCUCGCCGCGCCCCGCCCGCCCGCCAAGCAGAGCCACACCAACCCUAAUUUUAUAUACUAAAACUGACUAAACUCCGGCCAGGGAUAAAGGCUAUUCCGUCUUUCUGCCACAUCUAGAAUCGUUAAAAAGUCGCUAAAAAAAAUUUAAUAUGAGAAAUUUUAAAAGCGUCAGAUAAAUUAUACGAUUCUGCUGGCAGUUAGUCUACUUUUUAAUUUUGAUCUUAAUAGUUUCUGGUAUUAAUUACAAAAAGGACAUGUUAUGGAUCUAGUUUAUCCUGAAUUUGUAAACUUUAUGGUACGUAAACUUUGACGUCAUAGAGUAUGUACCAUAGAUAAAAUAAAGUUUUAAAUUAUCUAAGAUUUGAACACUGAGGACGCAUAAUAGUGUUCAUUUACUAGAUAAUAAUCACAUAAAAUUAAAUUUAUGAUAAACUAGUCUGUAUUUUUAAUAAUAAAAUUAGGGUCGGUCACAAUUAAUCAUUAAAAUUGUGAAAAAACAAUAGCGAGGGCCCAGAAUAUAAAGCCAAAAGGCGAGAGUGAUAAUGCAACCAAAUGUUUUUUCUUAAUUUUCAUUUAGUAAAAUUAUGACGAAAACAAUUAGCUUUAAGUUGCAUUUGUAUAAGUUUGUGUUAUUUAUUAAAUGUAAUAGUUAAGUA